AUCCGAAAAAAGAAAAAGAGUGAUUAGUUGCGUGAGGGUCACAGAGGAGCACAUUGGUUUGGUUGGUCUCCUUUCAGUACCAAUACCAAGCAAGCUUAGUGAAGAAUGAUGAUUACUAGAUUUGAGUCUCAUCUCAGGUGCCACUCAGUGUACGGAACAGUGUCAUAACCGUUUUCGCAACAGUCCAAUCUCUGAACCUUGAUGACAGUGACGAGUGGAGAAGAAGAAGGCGCCGUUGGAGGAGUUCAGAUCCAACACAGGAGCAGAAUGGUGCUCCCAGAUUUUCUCCAGAGCGUGAAUCUCAAGUACGUGAAAUUAGGUUACCACUACUUGAUCUCCAACCUCGUAACCUUAUUCCUUGUCCCUCUUAUCCUCGUCACGCUCAUUCAGGUUUUUCAGACCACCGACAUCGACCACCUCCGCCACCUCUGGCUCCACCUCCAGUACAACCUCCUCACCAUCCUCACCUGCUCCGCCGUCCUCGUCUUCGGCCUCACUCUCUACGCCGUCACGCGCCCCCGCGCCGUCUACCUCCUCGACUCCGCCUGCUUCCGCCCCGCCGACCACCUCAAGGCCCCCUUCCGUAGCUUCAUGGAUCACUCCCGCCUCACGGGAGACUUCGAGGACUCCUCGCUGGAAUUCCAGCGAAAGAUCCUCGAACGCUCUGGCCUCGGGGAGGAAACCUACGUCCCCGAGGCCAUGCACUCUAUUCCGCCCCAGCCCUCCAUGGCCGCGGCCAGGGCCGAGGCGGAACAGGUCAUGUUCGGUGCCUUGGAUAAACUUUUCCAAGGCACCAACAUAAAACCAAAGGAUAUUGGUAUUCUUAUUGUGAAUUGUAGCUUGUUUAACCCUACUCCCUCACUGUCUGCCAUGAUUGUUAAUAAGUACAAAUUGAGGGGUAACAUUAGGAGCUUUAAUUUGGGAGGGAUGGGGUGCAGUGCUGGAGUCAUUGCUGUUGAUCUUGCUAAGGACCUCUUGCAGGUUCAUAGGAACACUUAUGCUGUGGUUGUUAGCACUGAGAACAUUACUCAGAAUUGGUACUUUGGGAACAAGAAAUCCAUGCUCAUUCCCAAUUGCCUAUUUCGUGUGGGCUGCUCUGCGCUGCUUCUCUCUAACAAGCCGGCAGAUCGAAGGAGGGCCAAGUACCGGCUUGUCCACGUCGUGAGGACUCAUCGCGGGGCCGACGACAAGGCGUUCCGGUGUGUUUACCAGGAGCAGGAUGAUGCUGGGAAAACUGGUGUUUCCUUGUCUAAGGAUUUGAUGGCAAUUGCUGGUGGAGCAUUGAAGACUAACAUCACCACACUUGGUCCUCUGGUGCUGCCAAUUAGUGAGCAGCUUCUGUUUUUCGUGACUCUGCUGAUGAACAAGUUAUUUAAGGCUGGUGUGAAGCCUUACAUACCGGAUUUCAAGCUUGCAUUUGAUCAUUUUUGUAUCCAUGCUGGUGGCAGGGCUGUGAUUGAUGAGUUGGAGAAGAACCUGCAGCUGCUUCCUGAGCAUGUGGAGGCUUCUAGGAUGACCCUUCAUAGAUUUGGGAACACUUCCUCAAGCUCCAUUUGGUAUGAGUUGGCUUACAUUGAAGCCAAAGGGAGGAUCAAGAAGGGUAACAGGAUUUGGCAAAUUGCGUUUGGAAGUGGUUUCAAGUGUAACAGUGCGGUUUGGCAGGCUCUGAGGAAUGUGAGGCCUUCUCCUAAUGGACCAUGGGAAGAUUGCAUUCAUAAGUAUCCUGUGGAAAUAGUCACAUAGUGAUCAUAGUUCAGUUCAGUUCUCAGUCACAUACUCUGGCUGCUACAACUUAAUUCAGGGUACCCUUCAUUAGUUUCCAGAUCCAUUGUCUCUCUCUCUGUUGUAGAUUUCAUUGUGUAAUUCACUGCCUCUUUUGUGUUUGAUGAUUGUGGAUUUUCAUUGGGUUAAAUUCAUGUAUCUGGAGUAAUAUGAUAUGGGGAAUUCCUGAAUUUUUUUUCUUCCUGCUGAUGCACUUAUGAAUUUUUAUUUUUUUAGUCAUAAAGUUGUGCCUUGGUAAGGAGUUGAUUAUGGGUUCGAAUUCGAAAAUACUCCUUUUACAUAUGUAAGGGUAAGACUGUACAAUAAUUCUCUCCCAUAUUUUUACACAACGAGGAACCUUUGAGCAUCGGGAUACAUUAGUUUUGUUUUAGCCAAAAA